UUUAUCUUCCGUCUCUUUUCUUCAGUCAUCUUUGUCCUUUUGUGAAGAUAGAGCAAGAGUAAACGGUAUUCGUAUUUUAGCAGCAGCAACUCAGCAUUCAAUAGAAUAACGAAGAUGGAGAUGGCAAUCUCCUUAAUGUUGGUUGCCGCCAUAUUUUCUGCUCUCUUCUCUCUGGCAGCUCUCGUUCCGCCGGUCGAAUCUCAGAUUCCGCCAUCGUCCGGUCAACAGAAUCAGAAUUCAGUGAGGUACGAAUUGCAAGAAGCGAAGCUUAAAAUCGCCCGAUUAGAAUCCAUCCUUGACGAAAGCAUGCCAAGUUUAAAUGCUAAAAUCCAAUACAUCAGAGAAGCUGAGAAGAAAAUCGAGGACAUUAGUGUAGAAAUUGACAAUCUUACAACUGCUUUGUCCAAAUUGCAGCAUCACUCGUCAAGGAUUAAUACUCUAGAAGAAAAGGUACGACUGCUUUGGGAUGUGGCGAGAAAAAACAACUUUGAAAUUCAUACAUUGGAGUUCAAAGCACAAGAUGGUCAAAAAAGAUUAGAAGUUCUUGCGUCUCAAGUUGAAAAGAUGGCUGAAAUUGUGUCUGAACAAUGGAUUCAGAUACAACAACUUGAGCAAGCUGUUCAAAUGGCAGAGAUGAGAACACUGAAGGUCAAAAGGCAACUAAGGUCCAGUAAAUGUCCGUUUGUCAAGUUCAUCAAAAACGUUUUUGGCCACCACCUCGAAACGUUGAAGGGGAUUCUACAUCCAUAUGGAUCAUACAGUAAGGCUGAUCCUAAUUCCUACUGGGAUCAAGCUUUGCAUCACAUACAGAGGACCUUUGCAUCUGCAAGACAAUACCAUUAUGAGUUGCAGAAGUUUGUAAAACAUGAAAUAGAGAGGAAUGGAUUCCCUGUGGCUUUAGCUAAUGAAGAAGUGGUGUUCUUAGUGAGGUCUCUAAUGGAGGACCAAAAGUUACUCAAGGCUUUCGUUGAUGACUCAAUUUGUGAUUCACUACAAGAAAUGAAGGAUUCGCUUUCUAAGGAUUUCGCCGAUAUUUGUUCGAUGUUAAUGAAGCUAGUGGGGAAAAAGUCUACAACGUCCAUUCCACCCCGAGGUCCAGUGGAAUUAGAGCGGUUACGCGGUGGAAAUCCGGAGUCUUGGAUUUUACAGGCGGAGAGGUAUUUUGAGUUUUACUCCAUCGCUGACAAUAUUAAGCUCUCUUUAGCAUCAUCUUACUUGGAUGGCGAGGCUUUAGCUUGGUUCCAGUGGCUUUAUCGGAACAAGAAAUUCGUCGACCGGAAGCAUUUUACGGAGAAGCUGAAGCUACAUUAUCACAAAUGGAUCCCCCCUGCUUCGAUAGGGUGUUCGGCUGAUCUCCAAUUUUGUUCUAAUUGUUAUGAAGCUUUAGAACUACCAAGGACCCAGGGAAGUCCUCUUACUGCUAUGAGUCAUGUUUCCAACUUCUUUGAGUUUGAAGCCAUAUUUAAACAUAGAAACUCAGAGGCCAAACAAAUGUUCGAUGAAAUGUCUACUAGUCCUUUCCAAAGCAAUGGAGGAAAAUUCUCCUGUUACAGCAGUGACCCAAAGCACAAAUGCAAACACAUGUGUCUCUCACUUUGCAGUUGAUUUGGAUGAUAAUCACUCACCUAAGGUGUUCGACGAAAUGUUACAUAGCGGCUGCGCCAAAGUAUUCGCAUAGGUGCAAUCAUAUGAUCCAAUCAACAUGCCCGAUGAAGAAGCUAUGGGUCCUGAAAGCAACAAAGUCCAACUGUUUGAUGAAAGUUCUCAAAAGAUAGGCCAGAUAGGUGCAUGACUAAACUUUCUCUUGAUUGUGGCGCUAGUACACAACAAAUUGAAUUUAAGACAUUUGAACACACAUAUGUUGCUGAAUUUUUCAUGGAACCUGAGACUAUUGCAGAACUAUGCCCCGAUAAAUAUUUUAUGGAGAAUGUGGAUGGCAUUCCAGCAAAUGAAAUUCUUCUAGAUGAAAUGACGCAUGGUGAUGAGCAUGGGAAAUCUAAUGUGGAAUUCAAUGAUCACCAUAAACUGAGCCGGUUUCCAUUUGAUCUUGGUUCUAAUUUUCUUGAUGUCACCAUGCCCGUAACUGAAACGGUUCUUUGUGUAUGGGAUCCAGGAAUUAGUCCCGAGUUCAUGGUUCUAAUAGAUUCGAUAGAAAACAUGAAGGCACGUGCACUUUUUGAAGAAGUUAGAAAAGGGAGUUGUUUGUUUGUAAAGUUGUAUGACUGGGCGCAUGUAGGUAGAGUUGAAAUGAGUGUUGAAUGUAGUUGGAAUUUUAGAAAUUCGUGUGCGUCAUACAAGCUACUGGGUGAGUCGAUAGCACAUUCAUUUCUGUAUUCUUUUGAUGGUGCUCCAACUCAUCUUGAGGCGUAAUACAUGAUUACUCAGUUGAGGUAUUUUAGAAGUGGUAUGGUGUGGUGUCACUGUGAGAUUGAGUGUCUAGUUGUUAUGUUGCAUUGGCUACUAAUGGAUCUCAUUCAUUAUGAAGAAGACAUCACUUGCUAUA